GUAAUGUAUUUUUAUGUGGUGUAGACAGAAGGACAAUUGUAUAUCCCCUAACUCCGGAUAAGAAGAAGAUUAUAUAAAAAAAUUAUGCUUAAAUGCUCAUUUUAUCUCUGAAAGUUGAACACUAUUUCUACCUCUCAAACAAAAACACCCAAAAGGAACUGAUGUCGACAGGUAAAUCACAAAUUGAAGUGGUUACAGCUAAUGGAUUUUCUACUUUAGAGAAAGGCAGUUCCUCUCGUACAUCUACGUAUGAGGAUUUUGUCCAAAAUUCUGAACUUUUCUGGGAUACGCUCCGAGAUUUUUUCCAAUCUUCUGGUGGAGAACUUAAGAUUCCUGUUGUGGAAGGAAAACGUCUCGAUCUGCAUCGGCUGUUCAUUGAGGUCACAUCUCGUGGUGGUCUUGAAGAGGUGAUCAACAAUCGCAGAUGCAAAGAAGUGAUUGAAGUAUUUAAGUUUAAGACAGCAGUAACAAAUGCAGCACAUGUUUUAAAGACUAAUUAUCGUAAAACGCUCCUUCAGUUUGAGCAUGCGUACUUCCAAGCUCCGCGCUCUACAUUUCAGGGCAAUGGCAUGGAAAUGAAACCUGGCGCCGUGGUUACUGGGAGGAUUGAUGAGAAGUUCGGAAGCGGUUACCUGGUAACCAUGAAGAUGGGCUCAAAAGAGUUCAAAGGAGUGAUAUUCCACACUUCUUCUCAAGAGGAUCCUACAACUCAUAGGAAUAAGAGAGCCAAGUCAUCUCAUGGACGACCUAAGUUCCCAAGAAGCAGUUAUAACUUCUUCUUUGCCGAGCAACACGUGAGGAUUAAAGCUGAGGGCGGUGGACGAAAGGGACCUUUCACCAAGGAAAUUGCGGAAAUGUGGAAGAAUCUCUCUGAAUCUGAUAAAAAGGUUUAUCAAGAGAUAUUUCUUAAGGAUAAGGAGAGGUACAAGAUGGAGUUGUCACAGGACAAAGCUUCAAAGUAUUCUUAUGCGGCGAAAAUUGUAGCUGCGACUGAUGCAGUGGAAACUGUAGCUGAGACCAAUGCAACAGAAACUGUAGCUGCCGUCAAUGCAGCGGAAACUGUAGCUGCGACCAAUGCUGCGGAAGCUGUUGCUGAGACCGAUGCUGCGGAAACUGUAGCUGAUACCGAUGCAGCGGAAGCUGUAGCUGAGACUGAUGCAAUGGAAAUUGUAGCUGAGACUGAUGCAGCGGAAACUGUAGCUGCGACCAAUGCUGCGGAAGCUGUAGCUGAGACCAAUGCUGCGGAAACUGUAGCUGAUACCGAUGCAGUGAAAGCUGUAGCUGAGACCGAUGCAGCGGAAGCUGUAGCUGAGACUGAUGCAAUGGAAAUUGUAGCUGAGACUGAUGCAGCGGAAACUAUAGCUGUGACUGAUGCAAUGGAAAUUGUAGCUGAGACCAAUGCAGCAAAAGCUGUAGCUGAGACCGAUGCAGCGGAAACUGUAGCUGCGACUGAUGCAGCGGAAACUGUAGUUGUGACUGAUCCAAUGGAAAUUGUAGCUGAGACCGAUGCAGCAAAAACUGUAGCUGAGACCGAUGCAGCGGAAACUGUAGCUGCGACUGAUGCAGCGGAAACUGUAGCUGUGACUGAUGCAAUGGAAAUUGUAGCUGCGACUGAUGCAGCUGCAAGUGCAAGUGCAUCGGAGACUGUGGAUGAGGCAAGUGAGUAGUGUUAAUUUCUCUAUUGUUGUCUUAUUUAUUUGUUGGAACUUUAUGAGAACUUCCGUCUUUAAUAAUAAGUUGUAGAACUGGCAAUAUGCAACUUUUUCAUUCAACUAUUUCUGUU